GUAUUUGAAGAGUAGCUACUCAAGACAAUCGACAUACCCAUCACCACGUCUCUCCCUUGACCAUGUGCAGCAACACCACGACUCUGCCUCCCCAACGUUUCACAACAAGACCUUUUAUUUUUUUUUAAAAUAAAAGACUUCAUUCUGCAAAAUUACCAUCCACUUUCCUGUAGUCUCUGCAAAUUUUUAGGAAUUUUUUCAUCGGCCAGAAUUAGACACAAUGCGCCCAUCCCGAUCUCCACUUGAGACAAUAGGGUAGGCCGCACAACGGGCCUCACCACCACAAAGGCACUGGAAUGCGUUGCUCCGCACAACCACAUUCGCCUCAUGAGCAUUUAUAUCCAAGUUGCCCGAGGCUUUUCAGCAUGCAGGAGCUUCAAUUCUUUCUUCUUCAUCUCUCUCCUCCCCUCCCUUCCACUACUCCCUUCCUCCCCCUACACAUCGACUUACAAGCACACACACACACACACACUUUGAAGAGUCGAACAACCUGCCCAGCAUGCAAUUGUCUGAGCAUCUCGUCCGUCUCGGCUUCACUCUGCCUCUCAGCUUCCCCGCCGGAGCCGCAGACAGCAGCAGCCUAAGCACCCGUGAUGUUGACACCUCCGCCAUCGCACACUUCCAGCACACCGUGCAGGUCGCCCGCUCUGUCGUCGAGCUCUCCAAGCGCGACACCAUGAUCCAGGUAUCCCAGGGCACGCUCGCUGACAUUCUUAGCAAGAUCAGGGCCCUCGAGGCCGAGGUCGACGCCAUGCUCAAGUCGCAGUCGUCUGGCGCUGUGCCUGCUGUCCACGCCGCCCCCGACGCAGGUUCCCAGCGCGCCUCCAACGACGACUGCGCUCCCGAGAAGCUCCUUAUGGAUCUCGGCGCUGGUGCCAUCAAGACCCGCGAUGUGGUAGGUGAACACCCGCUUUUCCGAAGAACUGACAAGUGCAACUAUAGCUCUGUGACGGGAAGCACGGCCAAGGCGGCUGGUUCUCGGCCCAAGGGUGCUGCUGCUGCUCCGGCUCCGGCGGCCGUGGAUGGUGCAAAGGCCGCUCCCGCUGCUCCUUCGGCUGCUGCUGGACCUAGUGGCGCUGCAUUCCUUGAGCAGAUAAACCAUGCUGGCGCCAAGGCUGAUCCUGUGGCUCCUGGUGGCUUGGCUACUGAUUCUCAGAAGGCGACUAGCGAUGACAGUACGGUCCAUCUGGGUGGCGAUGUCUAUCCCGUCGAUAGUGCUGCUGCGGCCACGACUGGCAGCCCUACUUCUGAUGCUCUGCUUACUGUCACUGUCACGUCUACCAGAAAGAAGCAGGUCACUGUCACUGUCACAACGACCCGAACCAAGCUCGUUUCCAUCACUGGCGCUCCUGGCCGUGAAAAGGUGGUUGAUCCCGUUCCUACUCCUCCUGCUAGCGAUGCCCUGUCUGGUCUGGCAUCUGGUGUUCUCGGCGCUGUUUCUUCCCAGGUUGCUGCCGCUCAGGCCUCCGUUUCUAACCAGGUGUCUGCUGCGCAAGCAUCUGGCUCUGGUCAAGUUUCGUCUGCUCUGGCGUCUGCAUCUGGUCAAGUCUCGUCUGCUAAGGAUUCUGCCUCCAGCCAGGUCUCGUCUACAGAGGCUUCGGUAGCCGGUCAAGUGUCCUCUGCCGUUGAUUCUGCUUCGUCUAACUUAGCCAACGCUACCUCUAUUCUUGCUACCGGUACACCUGCUGCUGGCUCCAUCCUUGCUGCCGCUACGUCCAAGCUCAACGAGGCUGCUCCCUCAGCCAAGGCUGGCUUGUUGGGCAACAUUGCCGGUGCCGUCUCAUCCGCUCUCGGCAGCAAGGGGCCCCUUCUUGUUACUGCGCAAGGCAACGAGAAGGGCGGUCUCCGCGCCCCUGCUGAGGAUGUAGUCAAGAAUGAUCACAAUGCUACGCACGCUGCUCAGGGGAAGCCUGCUAACCCCAAGAGCGACGAGGACAAGAAGGAUUCCAAGGCUGGUGCUGCCGCUGUUGCUGCCUCUCCUGUUGCCCCUACUGGCGGAGCUCGUCUUCCCAACGACGGCCAUCCCACUAACGGUACCAAGGCGCAGGAGGGCAAGCCUGCCAACCCCAAGUCUGGCGAUGACAAGAAGGAUUCCAAGGCUGGCUCUGCGGCCGUGACUGCCACUCCCAAGCGCGGUACUGACGGUGCCAAGGCUGUUGAGGAUAACUCCUCUGGCUUCAUCACCGUCUCCAAGCGUCCUGGUAUGUAAGUCACGGUUUAGUCGGGGCCAGUUUGAUGCAAAAGCCCCGUUGCAUUGGAACACAGAACUGCACUAAUACCCUUUUCCCUUUCCCUUUUCCCUUUGUCGCCUAGACUGGUUUCUUUUUGGCGUUCCCUCCUCCCCGGCGGUCAAACUGCGCUCAACUGAUUUUUCGCUCUGUUUGGCUCGAUUCUGUCGCUUCUGUUAUAUUUAUCUUUUGGCUGUUUGGAUGGAAAUCCAUCGCUGUGUAUUCAUCUCUCUAGUUGGUUAUUUCUCGGGGCUUUUUUGGAAUCCUUCGUAUGUAGAAUAGAACAAUAAUUCAACCACCACUUUCUCCCCCUCAUCUUUUUUAUCGUCUUCGUGCAUCGUCUAUCUUGUGCUCUCUCUUGUGAUUUUUUUUUUUUUCAUCGGUCGGUUGGCGAUCGAUCGGCGGUCUCCGCUGUUUGUACGCUGUCAGCCAUCAAGUCGAUUGUUAGUCGUAUGUGUAUGAGCAUAUUGGCUCUAUUUAACCAAUUGUGCAAAAAAUGACACGUUAUUCUAACACUCGACAUAAUAAAAACCAUGGCCAACUCGUUUACCGGCGGGCGACAUCGGCGCUAGACCGACAAGCUGGCCAACACACAGACCAAGCUUAGGCUAGCCAAGC